AUGCCUACCGAGGCGUACGGUGUCAAGCAGGACGAUGUCCAUAAAAAGAUAAAGCUUCUGAUAGAUGGCUUGGUCAACAUCCAGGACAAGACUGGCGAGUUCUUGUUCACGCUAGAAGACGGCCGUAUCAUCGACACUAAAGGUUGGAACGGAUGGGAUUGGACACAGGGCGUUGGCCUCUACGGCAUCUGGCAAUAUUACCAGAUCACGGGAGAGGAAAAGUUUCUGAAGAUUAUUGAGGACUGGUUUCAGUACCAAUUCGCGGCCGGCGGCACCACGAAAAAUAUCAAUACGGUAUCCGUAUUCCUGACCCUCGCGCACGUGUACGAGAAGACAGGCAAUGCAACAUAUCUUCCAUAUCUCGACAGCUGGGCCGAAUGGGCCUAUCACGAUGCAGAGCGGACAAAAUAUGGUGGGCUGGAGCAUACUACGUAUCUUGGUCCGAAUCCGGGGGAGCUCUGGGACGAUACUCUGAUGAUGACAGUGGCCCCCUUGGCAAAAAUCGGCAAGGUGCUGAAUCGGCCACACUACAUUGAGGAAGCAAAACGGCAGUUCUUGGUACACAUCAAGUACCUAUUUGAUACGAGGACUGGUCUCUUCUUCCAUGGCUGGACGUUCAAGGAUGGCGGACACAACUUCGCCCGCGCUCGAUGGGCCAGAGGCAAUAGCUGGCUGACUAUCGUCAUCCCCGAAAUUAUUGAGCUUCUAGGGUUGCAAGAGAACGACCCAUUCUUCAUCCACCUUCGAGACACCCUGCUUGCCCAAUGCGACGCAUUGGCUGGCACGCAGCUGGACUCAGGUCUGUGGCGCACACUGCUGGACGAGCCCGAAACAGAGGGUUCGUAUCCCGAGGCGAGCGCGUCGGCUGGGUUUGCAUUCGGUAUUCUCAAAGCGCAGAGGAAACGCUACAUCGGCAAAGAAUAUCAGGAAGUAGCGCUGAAAGCUAUUCGGGCAGUGAUGGCCAAUGUCGAUCGCAACGGCGAGCUUCAGAACACAUCCUUUGGCACGGGGAUGGGCCACACUCUGCAGCAUUACAAAGACAUUCCCGUCACAAGCAUGCCUUAUGGACAGGCAAUGGCGAUCAUGGCCCUGGUGGAGUUCCUGAGGGUGUUCAUCUGA